CAACGAUUUUCUUUUCAUUAGCAGCUACGAAAAAUCAUGCACAUAUUUCGAGAAAAGGGGUUUGUGGUAGAGACUACUACAAUGACAAAUUGGCUACAGAAAUAAUUCUCAUCUUGACGUUUGCAGUUUGGCUCAGUAUGGUGGUACUGAAGAAAUUGUUGACUAUGAAGUGCAUAACUAUUAGUUUUGGCGUGGGAACCACAAAAAGCCAAUAGCCUGAAGAGUGAUAGCCUGAAGAGUGAUUGUCUGAAGAGUGAUUGUCUGAAGAGUGAUUGUCUGAAGAGUGAUAGGGGUCCCAUUAACAAAAGCUAUUGAAAGCUACUGAGUACCGGCCGAGCGUUCUUCCAUAUUUUCGCACCCAGCUAUUGCAUCUUCAUGUGCAUCCGCACUAUUGUGGGGCACAUGACAUAAAUACCUCCAUUCUCCCCCAUACAAAAAAACCAAAUGCCUCAGAGACAGACCCUGGAAUACAUCGAGGACCUCGAAGAGGCUUUCCGUAUCGUCAAGGUGGACGAAGAAACUUACGUGGGUGCCCACCCGUUGCGGCUCCCCAUUGGUGCUGCCAGAGGUGUUUAUGGAGGUAACACCAUUGCACAGGCCCUUUUAGUGGGAAUCACCAGCUCACCCGCCGACUUCACGCCGCUCGCCUUUCACUCGUACUUCAUUGGUCCCGGGAAGGCGUCGACGCCCAUGACCUUCAAAGUCCUCAAAAUCAAUGAUGACGGAGAUAUUAUCAACAGAUCCAUUCACGCCAUUCAGGACGGAGAAAUCAAAUUCACGGCGCUUGUGACUUGUAUCCGCAAAGGCGCUGCGGUCGACGACACAUUCGACUUCCAGAAACACCCACAACCAUCCCAUCACCAAUACCGCGAUCCUGGUGCUCUCCACACGCUUCGGCACACUGACUACAUUCGAAACGCAUAUACCGACGAGUUUGUGGACCCGACAUUGGUACCAGAGGAGAAGGCGUUAAGCCCAGCUGACAGGUGGAUCAAUAUCUGGAGCGGGAUCCACCAGCACAACAACCAGUUCAAAGAUCCAAGAUUUGGGCUUGUGGGAAUUGGCGGUGUGAGCGACAGCGCGUUUCUCACCACCUUAGCGCGGGUGUUGCACGCGCCCUGGAACCCUACCGAGACGAAAGCGUUCCAGGAGGUGGACUUGGACAAGGAUGCAAAAUUAUUGAUGAACAUAUCUUUGAACAUGUUGCAUAUUUUCCACUAUAACGCUAUGUCUUUGGAUCAUCAUAUUUAUUUUCACACGCAAGACUCGAGCGACUUUGAUAUUUGCAACGACUGGCUCACGUUUAAUUAUCAGGCCCGCAGGGUGUCGAAUAAUCGGACUUUGGUGAGAGGGUAUUUUUAUAACAAAAGCGGGAAAAAGCUCGCGACGGUGGCCCAGGAGGGCUUGACAUUGGCGUUCAAGGGGUUUGACACCAUUCCCGAAGAAACCACAAAUUACAAGGACUUUCAGGUGAAGUUAUAGAUUACUCGCACCCAAUAUUUGCAGCUUAAAAUUUCAGUAGGACAAAUAAUAGUAUAUUACACCCUAAA